CGUCGCGCGCCGGCUGUCAGUUGGCUCGAGCGGCGGGCGCGAGAGGAUUGCCGUCGCUGGAUGCUCGGGCUCGCGCAUGUCCGCGGAGCUCUCGCGACUGCAGGCGUCGCUCUGGUGCCACAAGAGAUCUCCUCCCCCCCCUACCCCCAAUAUCUCCCGUUUUUAAUUCCCCUUCCCCGUAAGGUGGUGUUUUGUUUUGUUUUUUCCCCCUUCCCCUCUCGCUUCUUUUUUUGCGCAAGGCGAAAGGAGGGAACCGUGAGGGAGCUUUUGUGAGGGGCGGCUGCGGCCGGGAGAAGAAGGAAGACCCGAGUCCGAGGCAGGCGGGCAGGGUUGUUGGCUCGCCCUGAGAGGACGGCUGAGGCGCGAUGCCCGUCGUGCAUAAAACCGUGUCCGAGCUGCGGUUCAGGGCGGAGGGCUAUGAGAAGACAGAUGAUGUUUCAGAGAAGACCUCACUAGCUGAUCAGGAGGAAGUGAGAACUAUAUUUAUCAAUCAACCACAAUUCUCUAAAUUUUGUAACAAUCACAUCAGCACUGCAAAAUACAACUUAAUCACAUUCCUGCCGAGGUUCCUCUAUUCCCAGUUCAGAAGAGCUGCUAAUGCCUUUUUUCUUUUCAUUGCAUUGCUUCAGCAAAUUCCAGAUGUUUCUCCAACAGGACGUUACACAACAUUGGUUCCGCUCUUAUUUAUUUUAAUUGUAGCAGCUGUAAAAGAAAUAAUAGAAGAUAUUAAAAGGCAUAAAGCUGAUAAUGCUGUGAACAAGAAGAAAAUUCAAGUUCUGAGAAAUGGAGCUUGGGAAAUUGUGCACUGGGAAAAGGUUGCAGUAGGGGAAUUAGUGAAAGUGACCAAUGGGGAACACCUCCCAGCUGAUCUCAUCAGUCUGUCUUCAAGUGAACCACAAGCUAUGUGUUACAUUGAAACAUCAAAUUUAGAUGGUGAAACCAAUCUAAAAAUACGACAGGGUUUACCAUUGACAUCGGAUAUCAAGGACAUUGACAGCUUGAUGAGACUUUCAGGAAGAAUUGAAUGUGAAAGUCCUAACAGACAUCUUUAUGACUUUGUGGGAAAUAUCAGAUUAGAUGCGCAUGGCACUGUUCCACUGGGUCCUGAUCAAAUUCUUCUGCGUGGAGCUCAGCUAAGAAAUACACAAUGGGUUCAUGGUAUAGUUGUCUAUACAGGGCACGAUACCAAACUCAUGCAGAACUCAACAAGCCCUCCUCUUAAACUAUCCAAUGUUGAAAGAAUUACAAAUAUUCAAAUUCUGUUUCUGUUCUGCAUUCUUCUUGCAAUGUCUUUGGUUUGUUCCAUUGGUUCAGCUAUAUGGAAUAAAAAACAUGAGGAGCGGGACUGGUAUAUCAAUUUAAACUAUGGUGGCGCUAAUAAUUUUGGACUGAAUUUCCUGACCUUUAUCAUUCUUUUCAACAAUCUCAUUCCAAUCAGCCUGUUAGUUACGCUGGAAGUGGUUAAAUUUAUUCAAGCAUAUUUCAUAAACUGGGAUAUUGACAUGCACUAUGAACCUACAGACACUUCUGCCAUGGCUCGCACAUCCAAUCUCAAUGAAGAACUUGGGCAGGUCAAAUACAUAUUUUCUGACAAAACUGGCACCCUGACAUGCAACGUAAUGCAGUUUAAGAAGUGUACUAUUGCAGGAAUCGCUUAUGGCCAUUCUCCUGAAUCAGAGGAUUAUGGCUAUGCUACAGGCGAGUGGCAGAGCUCACAACCUGGAGAUGAAAAAAUGUUUAGUGAUUCAUCAUUACUGGAAAACCUCCAAAACAAACAUCCAACUGCACCUAUAAUUUGUGAGUUUCUAACUAUGAUGGCAGUAUGUCAUACAGCAGUUCCAGAAAGAGAGGAUGACAAGAUAAUUUAUCAAGCAGCAUCUCCAGAUGAAGGAGCAUUGGUUAGAGCAGCCAAGCACCUCCAUUUUGUUUUCACUGGAAGAACACCAGACUCUGUCAUUAUAGAAUCUCUUGGACAGGAAGAAAGAUAUGAAAUGCUAAAUGUACUAGAAUUUACAAGUUCUAGGAAAAGAAUGUCUGUGAUUGUCCGCACACCUACAGGAAAAUUAAGACUUUACUGCAAAGGGGCUGACACAGUAAUUUAUGAUCGCCUGGCUGAAAAUUCAAGAUACAAGGAAAUUACCCUGAAACAUUUAGAGCUGUUUGCUACAGGAGGCUUGAGAACACUUUGUUUUGCUGUUGCUGAGAUUUCAGAAAAUGACUACCGAGAAUGGCUAGACGUCUAUCAAAGAGCUGCAACUGCUGUACAAAAUAGAGCACUGAAACUUGAAGAGAGUUAUGAACUAAUUGAAAAAAACCUUCAGUUACUUGGAGCUACAGCAAUAGAAGAUAAGUUACAAGACCAAGUGCCUGAAACAAUAGAAACUCUAAUGAAAGCAGAUAUUAAAAUUUGGAUCCUUACUGGAGAUAAGCAAGAGACUGCUAUUAACAUUGGGCACUCAUGUAAACUCCUGAGAAAGAACAUGGGGCUACUUGUCAUAAAUGAAGGCUCUCUCGAUGCAACAAGAGAGACAUUAAGCAAUCAUUGCAGCACUCUUGGUGAUGCUUUGAGGAAAGAAAAUGAUUUUGCUCUUAUUAUUGAUGGUAAAACACUGAAGUAUGCAUUGACAUUUGGUGUAAGGCAAUAUUUCCUCGAUUUGGCUCUGUCGUGUAAAGCUGUUAUUUGUUGCAGAGUUUCACCUCUUCAGAAAUCUGAAGUUGUAGAAAUGGUCAAAAAGCAGGUAAAAGUGGUAACACUGGCAAUUGGUGAUGGAGCAAAUGAUGUUAGCAUGAUACAAACAGCACAUGUUGGUGUUGGCAUUAGUGGCAAUGAAGGGCUACAAGCAGCUAAUUCUUCAGAUUAUUCAAUAGCUCAGUUCAAGUACUUGAAGAACUUGCUAUUGGUCCAUGGUGCCUGGAAUUAUAGCAGAGUUGCUAAAUGCAUCCUAUACUGCUUCUACAAGAAUAUUGUCCUUUAUAUUAUUGAGAUAUGGUUUGCAUUUGUUAAUGGAUUUUCUGGACAAAUACUUUUUGAAAGAUGGUGCAUAGGACUUUACAAUGUGAUGUUUACAGCCAUGCCCCCACUGACUCUUGGAAUAUUUGAGAGAUCCUGUCGAAAAGAAAAUAUGCUAAAAUACCCCGAAUUAUACAAGACUUCUCAAAAUGCACUGGAUUUCAACUCUAAGGUUUUCUGGGUUCAUUGUUUAAAUGGCCUCUUCCACUCAGUAAUUCUGUUUUGGUUUCCACUAAAAGCCAUCCAGUAUGAUACUGUAUUUGCCAGUGGUAAAACUUCAGACUAUUUGCUUUUGGGAAACACAGUAUAUACCUUUGUAGUAAUAACUGUGUGUUUAAAAGCUGGAUUAGAGACUUCAUAUUGGACUUUGUUCAGCCACAUAGCAAUAUGGGGAAGCAUUGCAUUGUGGGUAGUAUUUUUCGGAAUCUACUCUUCCUUGUGGCCUCUAAUUCCUAUGGCCCCUGAUAUGUCUGGGGAGGCAGUUAUGAUGUUCAGUUCUGGUGUUUUCUGGAUGGGCUUACUAAGCAUUCCGCUGACAGCUUUGAUCUUCGAUGUAGCAUAUAAAGUAGUGAAAAGAGCAGCAUUUAAAACACUGGUAGAUGAAGUUCAGGAGUUGGAAGCAAAAUCUCAAGAUCCAGGAGCAGUUGUUCAUGGGAAAAGCUUAACUGAAACAGCUCAGCUACUGAAAAAUGUCUUCAAGAAAAACCAUGUCAACAUGUACCGCUCUGAGUCUCUGCAACAAAACUUGCUUCAUGGUUAUGCCUUCUCUCAAGACGAAAAUGGGAUCGUUUCACAAUCUGAAGUAAUAAGAGCCUACGAUACUACAAAGCAAAGACCUGACGAGUGGUGAAGGAGAACUAUGACACUGAGCUCUAAUACUUGCCAUAGUAUGGCAAAGUAAUAUGUAUUUCCUGGGUCUGCUAGCAAGGUCCAGCAACAGAUUAGAGGAAGAUGUGUGUUGUUACUCUUAUUCCCUGAAGUUUGAGUUCACAUACUGAGUAGACAUAAGCACUGUGCAACUAUACUGUAAUACACCAUCUCCAAAUUUUUCAACAAGUGUUACUUGGAUUUUGUAAGCAGAGAUUGAAAAUAGCUUUCAGCCUUUGCCAACUACUUAUUUACAGUGAUGCUGAAUAUGUAACGUUCCUAUAUGUAUAUCCGGGACAUAAUGAACAGCCAGAUUAAUCGACAUAGCAUACAUUGACAACCAUAGCCUUUGCAAAGGUUUGUGAGCGGUGAAUUAUUUAAAGAACCUAGCCUUUGAUUUCAAGAAGUGCUAAAUAACAAUUUUUAAAUAUUAAUUUAUGUGUUGAAGUAAGAUUUCAAAGCAAGACAUUUAUAGGUACACGUGUCAAACUAGCCUAAAAAGUUUGCCAAAGAAUUUCCAUAUUUCUCAUCUUAGUAAUCAUUUGCAGAGAAAUUUUGAAGGGUGGCAACGUCAAGUGUGAUAUAAGAAUUGCAUGCUUGAAACUCUGUACUUGAAAAGUUUUACAAUAAUGUGAACUUGAUACCGUUUGCUUUGUAUUGCAUUUAUUUUUCAAAUCUGAGGUCACUUUCACCUUUGGCCUUAUACAAGCCUUUCAUUCAUGUUCAUUUAACAGAAAUGUGUACAUUUAACACAGCAGCCAACUUCUAUGUAAGGGGCAUGUGUCUUUGAAUUAUAGACAGAUGCUCGUCUGCCUUAUAUCCCUUCCAUACACUUUAAGGACCUGAUUCAGGGAAACCUGUACCCAGAAACGGGCUGUUUGCAAAGGUGUUUGUUUCCCUGCCACCAUCCCCAACAUAGCAUACUUUCAUUUUAAUGGAAUUGGUUACCUGUAAGGCCAGACAGAAAGGAAAAGGUGGUGACUUGAUUCCAGUUUCCUUUCUGACAAACAGAGAGGAAAGAGCCAGCCAUGUUGCUCAUUGUUCACACCUAGUGCCGGAGCACCAUGCAUGAAUCCCAUGUGAGUUUUCUUUCCCAAGCUUCUUUUGCAUUCAUAGGACCCAGACCAAAAUGUUGUAUCAUGCACACAUGCAAAUGCUUGCUCUUACUGGAUUGGAGCAGAAGUGUACUUGAAAAUGCUGGUUUUAAUUUACACUUAAGUUGCCAGAGCAACUUGCUGCAAACAAAGUGAUUUACUUUGGUGGUUUUCACAAGAACGAGGUACCAGAGUCAUCGGCAUUGCACUGCUUUCUGUUUGCACUACAAGACAGUUACUUAAGUCUUGCUGUCAAAUAUAUGUGUACAGUCCCAAAUUUGAUUUAAACUAGACUAUGCUGAAGUGUGAGGAUUUUAACCGAUAAAUUGUUUUUCUUUUUUUAUGUGUAAAUCUUGAAAGGUAUAAGAUGUAAAACUGCUAGUGAAAGCAAGGAAGGUAAACUAACAAAAAAAGUUUUCAUACUCUAAUCAGGAAUGUAAGAUUUCAACUCCUCACCCCCCCCCCCAAAAUAUUGUAAUUCAGUAUUUUUAAAUACGUUUGUCUAAUCAGGAUGAGAAACAGAAUCUGAUACAAUACUGCAAAUUAACAUGUGCUCUGCUUUGAAGCCGUUUAAAAGCUGUUUCAGUAUGUCUAAUUUAAAAUAUAUUUUUAUAUAGUAGGUUUCACCUCUGAUUUGAGUGCACUGUACAACUGUUCUACCUGUGGAAAGACAAAUAUAAAUAUUCUUAUAAAUGAAAUAUUUGUAUGCGAUGGUCCAACUUUUGAAAAGCAAAGUGUAAUAGGAACAUUGUAUUUAUUAAAUGAUGUAGAACAUUUUAUAUACCGUACUUGUGAUACACAGUUGCACUCACUCGUAAUGGCAAGGACACUGUUCUUUUUCACAAGUAAAUAUUUAAACAGAAAAUAAAACUGACGGAAAAAAAGAGUCCAAAAGAGAAAAACGAACCCUUGCUGAAAACAGCCUUGCUUCCCAUCUUGCAGCCCGAAAUUGCCUUUAGAAAAGCUACUUCAGGCAUAGAUAAUGAAUGAAUCGGCAAGGAGGGCCAAAUCACUUGACCUGGAGCACACACAAAAAUUUGGGGCUUGCCCUUUCACAAACUGGGCCUGUUUCUCCGUGAGACAUGUCUCCUUCAACAGAUUUCCCAAGUGAACGAUUAAAAAUGAUAAUCUUUUUAGAAUACUUAAGUACAAUUCUAAGCAGUGCAUAUUUCUUUUUAGAAUCAAUGAAUGAAGUCGAUCCGUCGUGAUUCAGCAGAAACGAUCUGCUCAUUCAUAUAACCUGUUCUUUGCUUCUGGCCCCAUGCA